UGCUAAAGAUGCUACGCUUCGGCUUCACUGUGUUGUGUUGUGUGUUGUGGUGGCCGCUGCUGGUUGGUUAGAGAACUAGAGUGGUGUUUCAUUCAGUUUCAGUUUGUUGUGUUUUAUCAUCACGGCAUUGUCCGAUUUAUUUAGGUGCUAAAGUAGUUAUGAAGUCUUUACUUUCCAACCCGGCUGGUUGGAAAAGUUUAAUUACAUUUACGGUUUUAUUGUUAGCAUGGGUUUCUGGAUUCGCAUCUAGACUUUUUGCUGUAAUCAGAUUUGAGAGCAUAAUCCAUGAAUUCGAUCCAUGGUUCAACUACAGAGCUACGGCUUACAUGGUCCAACAUGGAUUCUACAAUUUCCUCAACUGGUUUGACGAAAGAGCCUGGUAUCCUCUGGGCCGAAUUGUAGGUGGUACAGUGUAUCCUGGUCUUAUGAUAACAUCAGGUGCUAUACACUAUGUGCUUCACACACUCAACAUUCCUGUUCACAUCAGGGACAUUUGUGUCUUCCUAGCUCCCAUAUUCAGUGGACUCACAGCUAUCUCCACCUACCUGCUGACCAAGGAACUGUGGAGUGCUGGUGCUGGUUUGUUUGCAGCCUGCUUCAUAGCUAUUGUUCCUGGAUACAUCAGUCGCUCAGUCGCUGGCAGUUACGACAAUGAAGGCAUUGCCAUUUUUGCACUUCAGUUUACAUAUUACUUAUGGGUGAAGUCGGUGAAAACAGGAUCCAUUUUCUGGGCUUGUUUGGCUGCCCUGUCAUACUUUUAUAUGGUGUCAGCAUGGGGGGGCUACGUGUUCAUCAUCAACCUGAUUCCACUACAUGUGUUUGUGCUGCUCAUCAUGGGAAGGUUCUCCAACCGUCUGUUCACUAGUUACACCACCUUCUACAUCCUGGGACUGUUGUUCUCCAUGCAGAUUCCGUUUGUUGGCUUCCAACCUAUACGUACCAGUGAACACAUGGCAGCUUCAGGUGUUUUCAUGCUUCUAAUUGCUGUGGCGGCACUCAAGUACAUGCAGAGUUUCCUGUCCAAAGCGGAGUUCCGUUACUUGUUCACAUUCGCCACGUUGGGAGCUGCAGGAGUCGUGUUUUCCACUGUAGUUGUGCUGACAUACGCUGGAGUCAUUGCUCCAUGGAGUGGCAGAUUCUACUCCCUGUGGGAUACCGGGUAUGCCAAAAUCCACAUCCCCAUCAUAGCUUCUGUGUCAGAACAUCAGCCUACUACUUGGUUCUCCUUCUUUUUUGACCUUCACAUCUUGGUCACAACAUUCCCUGUUGGUUUGUGGUACUGCAUUAAAGAGAUCAAUGAUGAACGAGUGUUUGUGGUCCUGUACGCCAUCAGUGCCGUCUACUUUGCCGGAGUGAUGGUCAGACUGAUGCUGACUCUGACACCAGUCGUAUGUAUCCUGUCUGGAGUGGCCUUCUCUCGUCUUCUGGAGCUGUUCCUCAAGGAGGAGGACAACCCUAUGCAAGAUAAUGAGGACGGAUCAGACAGCACCAACAUGUAUGACAAGGCUGGCAAGCUGCGCAAGAUGAAGCAUGAGCAGCAGAAGGAGGUCGAUGGCCUAGGAGCCAACAUCCGAGGUGUUGUGAUUGUAGGUGUAGUGAUGAUGUUACUGAUGUUUGCUGUUCACUGUACUUGGGUUACCAGCAAUGCCUACUCCAGCCCCAGCAUUGUGCUAGCCUCAUACAGCAAUGAUGGGUCACGUCAGAUCUUGGAUGACUUCCGUGAGGCGUACCACUGGCUGUCCCACAAUACUGCCAGUGACGCAAGGGUGAUGAGCUGGUGGGACUAUGGCUACCAGAUUGCAGGCAUGGCUAACAGAACUACUUUGGUAGAUAACAACACUUGGAAUAACAGCCACAUCGCUCUGGUUGGUAAGGCAAUGUCAUCGACCGAAGAAGAUGCUUACAAGAUAAUGUUAUCCUUGGAUGUAGACUAUGUUCUGGUGAUCUUUGGUGGAGUGAUCGGCUACUCUGGUGAUGAUAUCAACAAGUUUCUAUGGAUGGUUCGUAUUGCUGAAGGAGAGCAUCCAAAAGACAUCAGGGAGAGUGACUACUUCACAGACAGAGGAGAGUUCAGAGUAGAUGCAGAAGGAUCUCCUACUCUACUCAACUGCCUCAUGUACAAACUCAGCUAUUAUCGCUUUGGAGAUCUUAAGUUGGACUAUAGGAGUCCCGCAGGUUAUGACAGAACUCGUAAUGUCAUCAUAGGCAACCAAAACUUUGACCUUACGUACCUGGACGAGGCUUAUACAACUGAGCAUUGGCUUGUUCGCAUUUAUAGAGUAAAAAAGGAAGAUGAUUUUAAUAGACCUAGAAUCCCGGUUGGAGAAAGAAAAAUCAAACGCACAGAAGUUUUUGUAUCCAAAAAGACAAGUCGACGGAGGAAAGGGAGUAUAAAGAAUAGGCCUGUAGUUGUGAAAGGAAAGAAGAACCCAACAAAGACAUAGUGCCACGCUUCGCCUCGCACACAAGUGGUUGGGCUCUUGGACAACUCACGCGAGUGCCCUUUAGAGCAGUGAACACCAUAUGUAUAUACUUUAUACAUACUGUUUGAAUGAUGUUUCAAAUUGUUUAUUUUUGGGUUUUAUUGUUGUGCAAUAGAAAAUGGAACAACUCUUGAAACAAAUUUCCUUAUUUAGAAUGGUUUAGAGUAUUCUCAUUAGAGAUAAAAUGUUGUUAUGUGGGUUACUGUGGAUGAAUGUUGAUAUUCAUUUGUUAUAAUAUCGAUGGUUGACAAAUAGGUUUAUAGGUUUACAAUUUAAUGACACUAUUAAUUUAUUUUAGACGUGAUAAGUAGACAAUGAGUACUACUGAUAUAAAUUUAAACAUUUAAUGAUAUUUCUGCUAUUACUUUUCAGAUACUUAAACAAAACAUUUAAUUUCUUUACUUUAAAAAAGGUCACUAAUUUCCAGCCUCACACUUUUCAUGGAGUCGGCUCUAGCUUUUGUUGAGUAUAUGUAAGAGUUUUAACAGGUCUCCUAUCCUCUCAGAGAGUCACCACUGUCCUGUCUAUUGUCUAUACAGUGAUGUUGCAGAAUCAACAAACUUAUAGUUAGUUAGUCUGGGCAGUAGUUGCUUUGUUAGAUGCUUCAUAGUCAAAACUACUGAAGCAGUAAAAAAAAAAAAAUACUAGACAAAAAUAUAUAAUUAUUUAAUAAAAUUAAAAUGUUAAUGUUAGAUAUGCUUUUAAGUCACAAUUCCUUUUUUCAAUUUGAUAUCAUAGUGCUCGAAUUGUAUAAAGCACGAAACUAAAUGUAAACAAAAGGUCCUAUUUUCAAUUAGGCUAAAUCUUUAAAAAAUCAAGUUUAUUUUUAUUACGAAUAAUAUUAAUUUGGAGGACAAGUACUUCACUUUUUAAAAUGCAUUUUGUCUAAUUUCUUAAGAUUAUUAAAAACUUGUCAAUCUUUGGACACCCAAUUAGUUCAUAUUAAUAAGUGUUUACUGUAAACAGUUUCUUACAUCAAGAUAAUGUCGUUACGAAUAAAUUAGCAUGUAAAUAGGUGGUACACUACUGCCAUUUUUUAAGAAGGUUUUGCAAAAUUGGAAUGUUUGAACAAAUUUUGUAAAAUAAUUGAUCAAAAAAUUUUACUUUGUUCAAUCCUAUUUGCUUGUUAUAUAUUUAUAAAUCACGUAUUGUGUAUGAACAACAUGCAGAAACAAAAGUCAAAUGAACAAUCAUGACACACACUUUCUAAAUGUUUUUUACUGAAAAAUGAGGGAACUUGUAUGAACUUGUAUCAAGUUGUAAGAACAUGUGUCAAUUUGUGUUUUGGAAAUAACUUUGUUUAUUAUUUUGAUCAAAGAAGUUUAUGAAUACACUAAUUGAGUUAGGAUGGAUUAUAUGAUUAUAUCCUAUUGGCUAGUGUUUAUUUUCAAUUUAAUCAAAGCAGGAGUUAAGCAGAGUUUUCCUUCUGAACUGAUUUAUAGGUUUUUGAAAAAUAUGCUUUACUUAAAAAAUGUGGGUUACGUUUCUUUGUAAAAAAUGACACAAUAUGGCCCGCCGCACAUUGGAGCGAGGCGAAGUGCAGGCGAGGCGCGACUGAUUCUGUAAUACACGUGUUUAAAUGGAGCACCGCACAUUGAGCAGAGGCUGCGCGCAGCCUCCGAGGCAGCCUCUGUCAGGCCUCCGCGGCGUUGUAGUUGGAAUACUGUUUUCCUGCACCUCGCUCGCGCCUGCGUUGGUUUUCUAGUGUUUUGUGAGUGAAAGAUAUAGUAAUGGAGCAUUUAAUUCAGAUGGCUUGGCUAUAUGUUGCUGAGCAUUGCAUUCCUUUCCACUAAUACCACUUUCAAUCAAGUUAUGGAUAUAAUCAAACUGUUGUUUUUUCACACGAAAAUAUUCUCCAAAAGACCAGUCUGGCAGUUCAGUAGUUAAAACAUAGUCUCCACUCCAUGGCUUAAUCUUUUUUUCAUGUAAUCACGUUUCCAAAAACAUUUUUUACUUUUUUCGGAUAGCGAAUAGAGUCAAACGUAAUUAUUAAACUCACAAUCAGAAUCAGUAAGGUCCAAAGAAUCUUCCUCUACUCGCGACGAUAGGGCCAAAGCUAGGAAACCUCUGUCCCGCCAUGUGCGGUGACACGAAAAAGUCCUCCCUCCCGCCUGCAUCUAGCCUGCACCUCACCUGCUCCUCGCCUCGCUUCAAUGUGCGGCGGGCCUAUAACUUCUUAUAGUCUAUCAGCAGAUUUGUAUUAGUCUCACUUAUGUAACCUAACCUCAAAAUCACAUUACCAAGUAGUUGUAGGAUCGGGUGUUACUCUACUAGGAUAAAUUCCUAACUAAAGGCUAUUGGAAGUUGUUUUGCACCUUUGUAAAUAAUAAAAAUGUUAAGCUCA